CACAUCACUGAAAUUAUAAAUUUGUUAUUUUCCUUCUUUAAUUUAUGCUGGUCCUGCAAGAAAUUUAGAUAAAAAGAAAAAAGAAACAAAGAAAAACAUUAUUGAUGCUACAAAUAUGACCCUUAAGGGUGGCACUAGCCAAGCCUGCGCUGCCUGCAAAUACCAAAGAAGAAAGUGUUCAUCUGAGUGUCCUUUAGCACCAUACUUCCCUCCUGACCAACCAAAGAUGUUUCAAAAUGCUCAUAAAUUAUUUGGUGUAAGCAACAUUCUUAAAAUAAUCAAAGAUCUUGAUGCUCCUCAAAAGGCAGAAGCAAUGCGUUCUAUUAUCUAUCAAGCCAAUAUUCGAGAUAGGUUUCCGGUUCAUGGUUGCUGGGGUAUUAUCUGUCAGCUACAUUUCCAGAUUAGACAGGCGGAAGAAGAGCUUCACGCGGUUCAUGCUCAGCUAGAAAUGUAUAGGCAACAUCACCAACAUCAGAUUUCUUCUUUAACUGAUGAUGUCCCUUCACAAUUAGAAUUAGGCAUGGCUCCUCCUACUAAUGCCCUUUCCCUAUUCAGUCAUAACACUCCUCAGCCUUACAACACUGUCAACGUUUUGCCUGUUUCACAGCAGCACUCAUAUUCUAAUAGCAGCAAUGUGAGUUACAGCUCUGGUUACUUAGAUUCCAAGGAUCAUUUAGGGAAUUCUAUGUGGGUUCAACAUGCGUAUGGUGGUGCUACUACUACAAAUAAUGAUAAUAAUAAUAGUAGCAAUUCAAUGGCACUUCAGUCUCAAUUGGUUGCCUCACAACCAUUAGCUAUUCAACAAGAAGUUGUUCAAGAUUAUGAUGAAAUUCAUCCAUUUUUUGACACUAUUGAUGACAUUGAUUCUAAAGAGGCCUACAACUCGAGCUCAGAAGAAUCAUUAAAGGACACGACAGAGUCAAUUGAGCAUGUUGCUGACAAUGAAUUGAAGAAUGCUGCUGCAUGCUUCAGUCUUACUAGUGUCAAUUGAUUCCACUUUGAUAGUGUCAAUUUGUCAGUAAGCUGGAGCAGAGUAUUAUGAUUUUUUUUUUCCUUCCCCUUAAUCUACAUCACAGAGUACAUUCCACAAUUUUGAGCUUUUAUUUUUCUUUUUCUUUUCAAAUCCCUUUUGUAGAACUUUUAAGUCUUAACUUAGAAUCAAUCAUUCACUUUAUAAUGUUUUCUUGUUUUCAAUAACUGUAAUCUUUUGCCUGGAUGUUGAUCAUAUUUUUGUGGAGCAAUAUACAUUAUGGAGGUGAAUCUCCAGUUUACUCUUCAAA